AUGAAAUGUCAUAUUGUAUUAUACAUAAUUAUAUAUAAAUGUGUGGAAUCUUUGAGAACGAAAACAGCAUUUAUCGCAAGUCCAAUCAUAAGGACGAGAGAUUCCUCAAUAAACUCAUAUAAAUUAGGAACACAUGUACAAAAAAGAAUCGCAAAUCAAAAAGUGUACAAUAGGGAUGGAGUUUCACUCAGACUUCCAUACUACAAGAAUCCCAGGGAACGAUUCAUCAAAAUUCUUAAUCAGACUGCCGAUGUGGAAUACACGACGAUUGAAAAUUUAUUACAAAGAGUGCAGGAUGAGUCUACAUAUAAAGAUUUUGCCAAGGUUAAGUCAACCUUCCUUGAGAUAGUCAAAUGGAUGUGUUUUAAAAGAAAUGAGAUUACAACACAUAAACUAUUUCAUGAUUUUAGAUCUAGCGUGCUCUCAAACUCGCCAAUGUUUGGAGCUGUGUAUUCAAGGUUCCUAAAUAAUCUCCUGAAAUCUUCAAAAGUUUAUCCUGGAUUAGGACUUAGAAAUGGAAUAAAACAUUACGUAGAAUAUAGAGCUGGAAAGUUUUCUGAUUUUUUAUCCUUAGAAGAAAUCCUCAAUGCGUUACCAAUUUUUUCAGUCUUUGAUGGAUUUUAUCGCAGAGUACUGUUACUAUGCAGGGAUAAUAAUAGGUUAGACGUGUUGGAAAGCUUAUUUAAAAACUCUAAAUUCGGAUCACGAUCAUUAUUCUGUGAUACAAUCCGCCAUGGAAGGAAAAUUAUGAAAUCACAUUGGGGACUUCUGGCCUGUUUGGCAUUCCGCAAGUCUUCAAGAUCAAGAAUGGAACUUUUAUCUAAAAUAUCUAAACCUAAAGAUAUACAAAAUUUUGACUAUCUAAAGACGGGUGAAAAUAAUCUACAGUUUGCUGAAUCACACAAAGAGACUAUAUUGAACUUAUUUUCACAACUUUACAAAAUACUCAAGCAUGUUGAUGAAUCGGCUGAAGUUGAAAAGAAAGAAAAACCCGUGGAUCCUCUCCAAAAACUUGGAAUAUUGGUUUUAGAAAACAGACCCACUGAAGACGAGUUAGCAUUCGUAUACUUUCUGACUAAAUUUGAACUUAGAGGUGCUGGUCUCGAGGAUGUGUUUUGUCUUUUUCUUGAGUUCGUAGAUUAUCUGAACAGAAGAAUACAGAGUAAAGACUGCGAUUACGGACAUUUGAAAUUGAUUGUGAAAACAAUAAGUAAGAGAUAUAUGAAAGAAAUCUUGAGAUACUGUGUUAGUUAUCGUCCUGAAUUAAGCUUAACAUGCGAAGAGGUGGUAAAGGAACCAGAUGAUACAUUUAAUAUGUUAAUAUCAAAUAAAUCUAAAGACGUUUUAGCAAAAACAGGUCUGGAAAACUUCUUGAAAUUUUUAAAUGUUGAUUACGAGGAGCCGAAAUCAGACGAAGAUUUAAUCUACGGAAUUAUUAAGGACUCUGAAUCCACAUUUAUUUAUGACUUUCAAAAAGAAAAAAUAGUUUGGGGUAAUAAUAAGGAAGAAAUGGAUUUGAGGAAUUUUAAGGGAAACUGUCUGGAUAAAAUAACAUUCUGCCACUUUAUAAUAUUUUCAAAAUCUCAUGAUGUCGAAAGGGUUAUAAAGGACAAUAUUGAUUCUAUAAAGAAAAACUAUCUCAAUAAAAUAAAUCUAGACACUGUUCAUUCCUUUGUAUCACUUGAUUUGCCCUAUUUUAAACAGAAUCCACCACAGCCGUUUGAUACACAAGCACUUGAACAGGGCAAAAUCGUUACACAUCCUUCAAAUCCAAAGUUACAUAUGAUUUCUUAUGAUUGGAAAACCAAAUGA